UGCUAUUCCCUUUCAACUUGUCAUGAUUUUGCAAGAAUUUUUUCGUUAGUAAUUGAUUCAUUUUGUGGGUCAUGAUGCAAGUACACAUGGAAAAUUUAUUUUCGUAUUUCUUUCUUACUGUGUUCAAUAUUGUUCAUCAAUACAUGAACAAAAUUUAAUUGCUUUUAUUCUUAAUCAUAUUCAAUAUCGUCUACCAAACAUUUCUUUGAGUGUUAAAGCAUAGGCACAUAUUAGCACUAUAGCCAAGUCUUGGGUGAACAUAUGUUAUGGCUUUCAAGAUUGCAUUACUUGUGACAUAUUGUCUAGUUCUCCCUGUAAUAUCGGAAGAUCUUGGGUUCAAAUACAAUGGAUUCAAGCUAGCAAACCUGAGCCUGGAUGGCAAAGCUGUUAUCACCUCCAGUGGACUCUUAAAGCUAACGAAUAUGGUAAAACAAGGACAGGGUCAUGCCUUCUAUCCUAGUCCCAUAAACUUCAAGGACUCAAAUGGCUCGGCCUAUUCUUUUUCCACUUCCUUUGUCUUUACCAUGGAGUCUAUAUAUCCGGAUUUAAGUGCAGAAGGGAUGACUUUCGUGAUUGCUUCAACAAAAGGCCUUCAAGGAGCUCUUCCAGCCGAGUACCUUGGCCUCUUCAUUGAACCAAAUAAUGAGAAUUUCAGAAAUCAUUUUUUUGCAGUGGAGCUGGACACAAUCAAGAAUAAUCAAUUUGGUGAUAUCAAUUUCAACCAUGUUGGGAUCGAUAUAAAUGGUUUGGAGUCUAAGGUGUCAAAACCAGCAGGAUAUUAUGCUAAUGGCAAUAGCGUAUUCCGUGACUUGACUCUUUUUUCUGGCAAGCCAAUGCAAGUUUGGGUCGAAUAUGAUGGUCUAUCCAAGAAAAUCAGUGUCACAUUAGCUCCACUUAAGGCUAAUAAACCAAAUACUCCUCUUCUCUCCCUCUCAUAUGAUCUUUCACCUAUCCUAAAACAAACCAUGUACGUUGGCUUUACAUCAGCUACUGGUCCAGUACCAACAACAUCCCAUUGUGUUUUGGGAUGGAGCUUCAGGAUGAACGGCAUAGCUGAAGGGCUUGAUCUAUCUCAACUUCCCAAGCUACCCAAUGAGAAAUCUAAAUUUUUGACGAUUGGCGUGCCUACUAUUUCAUCGGUUAUAUUGUUGACAGCAAUCUUGGCCGUAACUUAUUUCGUGAUAAGGGUAAAGAAAAAGUACGCAGAAGAGCUAGAAGACUGGGAACUUGAAUAUGGACCUCACCGCUUCAAGUACAAAGAUUUAUACAUAGCCACUAAAGGGUUUCGAGACAAGGAGCUAUUAGGGAGCGGUGGAUUUGGUAGGGUGUACAGAGGUUUAUUGCCUACCUCUAAAAUUCAAGUUGCUGUCAAGAGAGUGUGGCACGAACCGAGACAAGGAAUGAGGGAAUUUGUGGCAGAAAUUGCCAGCCUUGGUAGGCUACGCCACCGAAAUUUGGUGCCACUUUUGGGUUAUUGCAGACGAAAAGGUGAGUUGCUAUUGGUAUACGAAUACAUGCCAAAUGGAAGUCUAGACAAUUUUCUCUUUGACCAACCAAAUAUCUCCCUCAAUUGGGACCAAAGAUUUCGAGUCAUCAAAGGUGUGGCAUCUGGCCUUCUAUACCUACACGAAGAAUGGGAACAAGUGGUGGUUCAUAGGGAUGUUAAGGCUAGUAAUGUAUUGCUUGAUGGUGAAUUAAAUGGAAGAUUAGGGGACUUUGGCCUUGCAAGACUGUAUGAUCAUGGAAGUGAACCCCGAACUACUCAUGUUCUUGGAACUCUAGGGUACCUUGACCCAGAGCAUACAAGAAGUGGCAAGGCCACAACAAGCACUGAUGUAUAUGCCUUUGGAGCCUUUCUACUCGAAGUUGGCUGUGGCAGAAGGCCAAUAGAGCCACGAGCACCAACGGAAGAGAUAGUUUUGGUGGACUGGGUGUUUUCACACUGGACUCGAGGAGUAAUUUUACAAGCCAUUGAUCCAAAAUUGGGCUAUGAUUAUGUAAAAGAAGAGGUGGAACUGGUUUUAAAACUUGGAUUACUAUGCUCUCAUUCCGAGUCUGUCGCUAGGCCGAAUAUGCGGCAAAUACUGCUCUACUUAGAAGGCUCCACAGCACUGUCGGAUAUAUCCUCUCUUCGUAUUUCUGCAGGAGGCCUAACAUUUGCACAUGCUGAAGGCUUUGUUGAUUCUAACAAUUCAGAGGGCAAUUGUUCCAAUGUUGCAGCGUCCUUACCAUCUGGUGGGCGAUAAUUAUGAAGUUAUGGGAUAAAUGCAGCAGCGUAAAGAAGAUUAAUGACGUUGAGGUUACUACGGGAUGCUGUCCUUUUUUUACUUUCCUUUUGCCUUAUUAAUCAUAUGGCAGUUAUAUGUUUUUGACCAUGAAUGUAUAUAAUAUUUUCAUAUUUUAGUU